AAAGAUAAAAGAUUGAAGCGUAUAAAAGUGGCAACACACCAUCAGUGUUCAAUUAGAUAUUGAAAUGCGUUUGACUUUGGCGCUCCUGGUGCUGGUCGCUCUCAUCGCCGUGGCCACCGAUGCCCAAAGCAGUCAGAAAAGGACGAACGCCAGGACUUUGGCUACCAGCACGUCUCGGCUAACGCGAAACAGGAUCAAUGCCCGAGCUGGAAUCGCGGGAAGACGUGCCACGUCCAGUCGCAGAUCGGUGAUCAUCAUUGGCAACGGAAGUAGUAGCUCUUCCAGCAGCAGCUCCACUCAAUCCUCCCGAUGUCGAACCACUACCACGAGCUGCUCGUCCAACUCCAAUGUCUGCGGUCGUUGGAGUUCCACACGCAGGUGUCGUCGGUUUAGGAACAGGUGCCUCUUGGAGCGGGCCAACUGCCGGACGACCGUUUCAAACUGGAAUGUUGUUAGCCUGGGCAACUGUUCGAGCAUAACUGUGAAUAAUACUGGCACCUGUACGAGCACCUUUUCAUCAACCUCAUCGAGAUCCUCGAGAGUCACGCCCAUACUUAUACGAAGAGGUUGAGGGUAUCUAUUGCUACUUUACACUUCCUGUGUACUUAAUUUUUU